CAUACGCUGCAUACACAUCAGAGCACCUGCUUUGUAGCCACUCUGUCUGUGGAUCUGUUCGUGACAGGCUCGCAGUGCCAUGAUGCCUUCCUGUGGCUGGUUGCUGUUGGCUCUGCAUCUGGCAGCACUAACAGGAAAUACUGUUGGUGCUGUUACAUACGAGCGAACUGAGAGGAACUGCUCCCUGUUCCCCCCGUACCUCCCCAGCACAGCAGUAAAUACCACUCUCUGGCUGCAGGAGUUACGAGCGCUAAUGCAUCCUCUGAAUAUUUCUGCCUACAUCAUUCCCGGCACUGACGCUCACCUGAGUGAGUAUAUCGCACCACGUGAUGCCAGGAUGGCCUUCGUGACCGGCUUUACAGGCUCCGCAGGCACUGCCGUAGUCACUCAGACCAAGGCCGCUCUGUGGACAGACAGCCGCUACUGGGUUCAAGCUGAGAGACAGAUGGACUGCAACUGGGAGCUGGAAAAAGAUGUGUCCAUCAGCAGUGUAGCAGAGUGGCUGAUCUCUGAGGUCCCACCAGGCGGGGAGAUCGGCUUUGAUCCCUUCCUCUUCUCCCUGAAAACGCAGGAGGACUACAGUAUCAAUCUGGAGUCGAGCAAUCGCAGCCUGAAGUCUGUCCCUGUUAACCUGGUCGACCAAGUGUGGAAGGAAAAGCCGCCCAUCCCAUCUGACAACCUCACCCGCCUGCCCGACAGAGUCAUACAAAGGUCCUGGCAGAUGAAAGUGGAACAUAUACGGAAUCAGAUAAGAGAAAAUCCAUACGAGCCAACAGCUCUUCUGCUGUCCGCACUGGAUGAAACAGCCUGGCUGUUCAAUCUGCGCGGGAACGACAUCCCAUACAAUCCCUUCUUCUACUCCUACACAUUGCUCACUAUGGAUGAAAUCUGGCUCUUUCUCCACACGGACAGAGUGACGGAUGAAUUGAAGGUGUACCUGAACGCCUCCUGUGCCGGGCCCCUCUGUGUGCAGCUGAAGAGCUACGACACUGUCCGAGAUCAUCUCAAGAAGUACGUGGCCCAGCCGGGGGUUAAAGUGUGGAUCGGCACAGAGUACACAAACUACGCACUUUAUGAGCUCAUUACACCAGAGGAGAAACUAAUGACGAGCACCUACUCUCCUGUGUUGACGACGAAAGCAGUGAAAGAUGAUACCGAGCAGCGAAUCUUGAGGGAUGCUCAUGUGAGGGAUGCAGUCGCGGUCAUCCAGCUGCUGAUGUGGCUGGAGAAGGCAGUGCCAGAGGGGAAAGAAACCGAGCUGACUGCUGCAGAAUACGUCAAUAAAUGUCGCGGCAAACAGAAAGACAGCAGAGGCCCAAGCUUUGAGACUAUCUCUGCAAGCGGACCCAAUGCUGCACUGGCCCAUUACAGCCCUUCAGAGGAAACAAACAGGAAGCUGACAGUUGAUGAGAUGUACCUGGUGGACUCUGGCGGACAAUAUUUAGACGGGACCACUGACAUCACUCGGACAGUUCACUGGGGAACCCCGACAGCGAUGCAAAAGGAUGCCUUCACUCGAGUGCUCAUGGGAAACAUUGAGAUAUCUCGAACCAUCUUCCCCUCAGGGACACGAGGUGUAAACAUGGAGAUGCUGGGGCGCCGGGCAUUGUGGGAGGUUGGCCUUAACUACGGCCACGGCACAGGCCAUGGUGUAGGAAACUACUUUGGAGUUCAUGAGUGGCCAGUCGGCUUUCAGAGUAACAACAUUCCCUUCAGAAUCGGCAUGUUCACGUCUAUUGAACCUGGAUAUUACAAGGAGAAUGACUUUGGGAUCCGGAUUGAAGAUGUUGUUGUGAUCGUACCUGUGCAUACAGAGUAUGGUCAUAACUACCUGACCUUUGACACUGUGUCGCUGGUCCCAUACGACAGGAAGCUGAUUGACACCUCGCUCCUCAGCUCUAUACAGCUUCAGUGGCUAAACAAAUACUACGAGACAAUCCGGAAGCUGGUGGGUCCUGAGCUGGACAAACAGGGACUACAUGAGGAGAAGGACUGGAUGCUCAAACACACAGAGUCCUUCAUGAAAUCUGGAUCUUCUGCGUCUGUCUGUUCCUCCUCGAUGACCCUCUUCGCUCUAGCUGUCGCUCUCCUCCACAACAUCAUCUGAGCAUCUUCUUAGACAUUCACAGCAGACUUGCUCACUAAUGUUACUCUUAUGCAGGCUCUUUUGAGCAGCUAUACCAGGUCGAGAGAUGCACUGCAAUUAUGCUUUUUUUUUUUAAUUGAAAGAUAUAUUUGUUUGAUAAUUGAAUUGCAUGUGUAGAUGGCUGAUAUUGUGGUGUUUAAAAGUUUAAAAUAAUCUUUUGUGUGAUUUUUGGACAUUUGUAUGACCAAUUUAUAUAAUUUCUAUUUUUUAUUAAAGUAACACUCUUUAAAAGAAA